GAGAGAGAGAGAGAGAGAGAGGGCGCAUAAAGAGGGGGAAAGGGCAGUUUAGUGGAGUGCCUGAGAAGAAUCCACACUCUGACAGCAGUCCUGCUAAAAAAAAAAAACAUUGAACCACCCCGACAAAAUCCCCGGUUUUAAACUUACGAGGUCCUCCCCUGAAGACUCUGGGUCUGGCGUCGCGUCGCCCUGUCGGAUAGCGCUCAUCAGUUUCCCACCUCCCAUUCCCUGUCUGGGUCUGCUGGGCAUCACUUCCGACGGGAUGUUCUCGCUGUGAACAUGGAGUUUCCCCGUCCUCUGCUGGCACAUACCUCCCGCCGUCUCCUCCGCCGCUCCAGUUCUCCCAGCACCGCUGACCGGCUCCCGGCCGCCUCCGCUCCGCAGCUCGGCAGUGUUUCGGGGCCACCGCAGACCCGGUGGGCGGCUCUGGACUCCCAGGAGCCUGCGGGACUGCACCGAGAGACGAGCACCUGACAGACAGGUCCAUGAUUUCCCCUCUCUAUCAGGACCAUGGGGGCUCGGUGGUGUGGCCUCACACUUUCUCGUGCUCCUCUUCCUCCCAGGGCCUCCAUCGGGAGUUAUGCUACAGUUCUCCCCGAAUCAGCGGGAGCAGCGUUGGCCCGAACCCCAACUACUAUCAUACCGUGUAUGACAUCAAGGUGGAGGAGUAUAGCGAGCUGCCUUUCUCCGGUGGAGAAAGCGUGGAUGGGGAUCCCUUUGGGCAGGGCACCUUGCCCCUUGUCACCAGCAACAAUGACCCAACAGUUCCACUCAUUCGCCGGAGGGGGGGGACGGUGGAUUACCGGGACGUCAUCCUGGCCCACCAAGCACACAAGCUGCACAACACGCCGCAGGCCAAGAGGAAACAGUGGGAAAUGGCGCGCUUUGGAGACGAGCUACCCAACAGGUACGGAGGAGGAGGAGGUGGUGGUGGCGGUGGUGGCGGGGGUGCCGGCGGACAAGGGGGGCCCGGCCGUGGGGGCAGCAGGCAAGGUGGGCCCCCCGGGGCGCAGCGGAUGUACAAGCAGUCGAUGGCCCAGAGAGCCCGGACCAUGGCCCUGUACAACCCCAUACCCGUCCGGCAGAGCUGCCUAACGGUCAACCGCUCCCUCUUCCUCUUCAGCGAAGACAACGUGGUGAGGAAGUACGCCAAAAAGAUCACCGAAUGGCCUCCAUUUGAAUGGAUGAUCCUCACCACCAUCAUAGCAAACUGCAUUGUCCUGGCUCUGGAACAGCACCUUCCUGAUGGAGACAAGACGCCUUUGUCCGAAAGACUGGAAGAGACCGAGCCCUACUUCAUAGCCAUCUUCUGUUUUGAGUCUGGAAUCAAGAUCUUGGCUUUGGGAUUUGCGUUACAUAAGGGCUCUUAUCUAAGGAACGGCUGGAACGUCAUGGACUUUGUGGUCGUCCUCACUGGAGAGCAGUGUCCUGCCACUGUGUGGCAUCUGGAUAGCAUUCUGGGGCUAUGGGUCUUACUCAGGGACCCAGAGUGGCAGUCUGAGGGAUUCAGACCCAGAACCAUGCAGCCACUCCAGGACACACUCGCGCUGCUCUCUGACCACUAG